GUUUUAAGUUUCCGAGAAAUUCUUGAAAAAUUGACUUUUUCUCGGGAAUUCAGUGCUCACUUGGCAUAUGGAUGAUAUAAUUCGUCCUUUAUAUAUUAUACGUCUUCUUCAAGUGAUAGAUAUAAACCGUUAAAACACAUCUCUACACACAGCCAAAUACACAACACCACCUCAUCACCGGAGAGUCUCAGAAAGAGAAGAAUACCAUUUGAUCCAUUUCAUUAGUGAUAUUAGCAUCAAGGAAUCAAAAAGUUUACAUCUUCGCAUCUCUCUCUCGGACCCAUCUCUGUUUUUCGCUAAAUUUUAAUUUAAAGCGAAGGAUUUUUAGUGGCCAUUGAUGAAAAAUGAAAUUCUGCAAGAAAUACCAGGAGUACAUGCAAGGCCAGGAGAAGAAGCUACCUGGGGUUGGCUUCAAGAAGCUGAAGAAGAUCUUGAAGAAAUGUCGCAGGGAGGACAGUCAUGAGGUCCAUGACGUUCGAACAUGCCCUGACCAUUGCCCAGUGUGUGAUGGGAGCUUUUUCCCUGCCCUUCUCAAGGAGAUGUCUGCAGUGGUAGGCUUCUUUAAUAAGCGUGCACAGAAAUUGCUUGACCUGCAUCUGGCUUCAGGCUUUCGUAAGUACUUCUUUUGGUUCAAAGGCAAACUUCGAGGGAACCAUGUUGGCUUAAUUGAAGAAGGCAAGGACCUUGUUACUUAUGCACUGAUCAACGCCAUUGCCAUUCGAAAAAUACUAAAGAAAUAUGAUAAGAUUCAUUACUCAACGCAAGGACAGGCCUUCAAGUCGCAAGCUCAAAGUAUGCACAUUGGAAUCCUUCAGAGUCCAUGGCUUUGUGAGCUUAUGGCUUUUCACAUCAAUUUAAGGGAAACCAAGACCAAGUCAAGGAAGGCACCAGCCUUGUUUGAGGGAUGCUCCCUCAAAAUCAAUGAUGGGAAACCAUCUCUCGCCUGCGAGCUCUUUGAUUCUGUCAAGCUUGAUGUUGACUUGACAUGUUCUAUAUGCUUGGACACAGUUUUUGAUCCAGUUGCUCUCACAUGUGGUCAUAUAUUCUGCUACAUGUGUGCUUGCUCGGCUGCAUCAGUGACUAUUGUUGAUGGAUUGAAGGCUGCAGAGCCUAAAGAAAAAUGCCCUCUAUGCCGAGAGGCAAGAGUGUAUGAGGGUGCUGUACACUUAGAAGAGCUUAACAUGUUACUUAGCAGAAGCUGCCAUGAAUACUGGGAGCAGAGGCUCCAGACAGAAAGGGUAGAGAGGGUUCGGCAAGCAAAGCAGCACUGGGAAUCCCAGUGUCGGGCGUUCAUGGGGGUUUAAGUGCUGUCUGUUCACUGCUUGGGGACCAUUUUGCCCUUCCUUUUCCGCCUUACCCACCAUGUAAACUGUUACAACAGAUUCUUCGUGCUCUUUUGGAACCCAUUUACGGGUUAUUUUUCCGUUGGGUUCUGUGACCCACCGACUGUAGCCGUGUGUGGAUGUUCUGUUCCUUGUAUGUAGCCUUUGAUUAACGCUGUACAUAUAAUUUGUUUUUAGUGUUCCAAGUUUUUGGGACUUAAACGUUGCGGUCAUUGCUUGCUUAAUCCAAGUAAACUUGGUCUGUUAUUAAUAUGGAUUCACAAUCUGUUCAUCAAUUUUGAUUUGGAGUAAAAUUUGCA